CAGGGGCAGGGCGUCUCAAGACAGUCAGUCAGUUCUAGACGCGCAAUAACCGCACAUGUUGCACGACGCUACCCACCUUGCGCCCGCGUUUCAAACUAUGAGUUACGACUGUGAAAGAGUGCCUAUCAAACGCGAAAACGAAUGUCCUGAAGAGGACGAAUACUACGGUUACACGCCGGUCCGAGUCAAACGUGAUACGGAAAUGCAGGGUUUCGUGUCAUCGUCACCAACACACCUCAUGGACCUCAGCAACGGCUCUGAACGACCGCUUCAACAGCCUUGGCCUGCAAAUGUUAUAUUCGAUAACGAAGAAAGGGAUUACCAACAACAGUUCGCAUACGAUCCCAUGUACGGACAGCGUCAGUACCGAAACUUCUAUUUUGAAGACUCAAAUUCCCAAGACAGACUAGGCCCUUACUACGAAGCAGAGGCACCUUCCGCGGAGUCAACGUACCGCGCGUCCACUGAAGAACACAGCGAGGAGAGCGACGAGCAUAGACGAACAAAGAAAAGAUCAUCAAAAUCGUCUCGCAAGAAAACGCAUUCCUUCGAAGAGAUGCAGAUCCAACGAGUGAUGGCGAAUGUGAGGGAGCGGCAAAGAACCCAGAGCUUGAACGAGGCGUUCGCAAGUUUACGACAAAUCAUUCCAUCUCUGCCCAGCGAUAAACUAUCCAAAAUACAGACCCUGCAACUGGCUACCCAAUAUAUAGAAUUUUUGUAUCAAAUCCUGUCUAACAGUGAAUCUACAAGUAGCGAUAGCAGUGAUGCAGGGAGCGAACACGGGAAAUACUUAGCACAAGAUAAACUAAGCUACGCGUUUUCUGUAUGGAGGAUGGAAGGCGAGUGGACAAAUGGUCAAACGUGAUAGUGAACAAUACUUCUGUAUUGUGUAAAAAGACGUUAUACGGUAAAUAGUUUGUAAGGUAAAUUGUGAUAGUCACGAACCAAAUCUAGCUUUUAGUAUUAAGCUUUACGCCUGCAUACCAAAAAUGUAAUAUUCCAGUUUUGUACAUUUUAUCAUAAGUAA